AUGACCUCUAAAAUAGAUGAUCCUCCACCCUACGAGGAUGCACUGCACCAUCCCAAGCAUGGAAAUUACCCCCAACAGACGCAACAUGGCUCUGCUUUUCCACCACCUCCAUCUUACAGCCCGAGUCCUGGCAUGUGCCCCGGCCCGCCUGGCUACUGGGGCCCGCAGCCUGCCAUGUGGGCAGCGCCUGGCUUCUCUCCAUCUGGGAUGCCCACCACAAUACCAACUCUGUCUGCCGGAGUGCCCACAUCCAACCCAGGAGAGAUGGAGGAUUUUCUGAGCACCCAGUGGGAGAGCACAGCUAUUCGACAUGCCUUUAUCAAAAAGGUUUACUUAAUUUUAACAGCCCAGCUUGCUGUCACUUUUUCAGUUGUCGCUGUCUUUACAUUUGUUGUCCCAGUGAAGCUGUUUGUCAUCAAAUAUCCUGCCAUCUACUAUGCAUCUUUUGUGGUUUAUUUUGUGGUUUACUGCAUUCUCAUCUGCUGCAAAGAGCCGAGGAGGCGUUUCCCAUGGAAUUUUGUGCUGCUGGGAGUAUUUACCUUGGCCUUGUCUUAUAUGGCUGGAACAAUUGCGAGCUAUUAUGACACAAAAGCAGUGCUCAUCGCCAUGGGAAUAACAGCAUUAAUUUGUGUAGCUGUCACAAUCUUCUGCUUUCAAACCAAGGUGGACUUCACCUCCUGCGGGGGACUUCUCUGUAUUGCUGCUGUUUUACUCAUGAUUCUUGGGAUUGUUACAGCCAUCGUCCUCUCCUUCCAAUACGUCCCUUGGCUUCAUAUGCUCUACGCUGCAAUUGGAGCCAUCGUUUACACUCUGUUUUUAAUAUACAACACCCAGCUUCUAAUUGGAAACCGGGAGUUGGCGAUCAGCCCAGAGGAGUACAUCUUCGGAGCUCUUUCUCUCUACACUGACAUUGUUCAGAUUUUCCUCUUCAUCCUCCAAAUCAGUGGAGCUGCAAAUGAAUAA